AUGGCAGAAUUAGAUGACAAUUAUAAUCCUUGGGAUUUAGAAAGCGAUGACUAUCGUAUGCCAGGUUAGGUUAUUAUAAAUUAUAAUUCACAUCACAAUGAACCACAACCAGUAUCUAAUUAUAUUUAUACUAUGCUAAAAACCCAGACUGUUCGGUUGAAAAUUAGAGUAGAUCCUCUGACACUGGAAAUUAUUACAGUAAUGCUCCACUUGUAACAAAUAACCAUUUUAAAUAUUAUUCAGUUUACUGAAAAACCAAAGUGUACUCCCCUUGUUAAGAAAGAAAUCAUUGAAUUAGAGGAAGAAGAAGCCAGAAAAAUGGGAAGUCCUUCAAGUCAUGAAGCCAUCUCAUUAUAAACACCUAAAAGUGUCCGAAGUCAAUAACCCCAUAAAACAAAGGCAGUUGAAAAAAUUAGAGCACGUCUAUCAAAACCCUAAAUACUUAGUAAAAACUAAAUUAGUCAAAGACAAUUGUAAUAAUUUAUAGAUGGAUGGGGUUUUUCAUUGUUGAUGGCAUUUGUGACUAUCUAUGCAUUAUUUGGAGAUGAUAUUAGAAUAUUAUCUGUGAAUAAAGAUGGAGAUGAGUAUUUCUUUAUUUUGACUACAAUUUGCAUUGUGUGUUUUACCAUUGAGAUUGUAUUAACUUGCAUAGCCAAUCCAGCCUAUCUAUUUAAUGUAUUUAAAUUUUAAUAAGAAUAGUUUUACUUUUGGCUUGAUUUGAUCUCUACCGCAACAAUGAUACUAGACAUCGGUUGGAUUACAGAUCGUUGGUAUGGUGAUGAAGGAGAUGUUUAAAAUGCUGCUACUCUCAAAGCCUUAGGAAAAGCGUCUAGAACAGCAAGAAAAGCAGCAAGAGUCAUACGAAUUAUAAGACUAGUUAGAUUGAUUAAAUUAUAUAAACAUGCAAGAUUACAAAUGGAAAAAGAAAAACAAAAAAAAAUUCUUUAAGAAUUGUUAUUGAAAGAUGAACACAAAAUCAAUUCAUCAUAAUAAUAAUAAUAAUAAUAAUAGUAAUAAUAACAGCAGAACAAAAAAAAAUCAAAUUAUUUAAUUAGAAUUUCAAUAUUAUAGUAGAAUCGUUAAAAGAAACCAAAAUCAGAAGAUUUGAUUUAAUAAUUCCCUUAUAUUAAUAAAAGUUAACAUUCCAGAUCCCAAUCUUAACAUGAUCAAAAUAGUAGUAAUAAUGAAUAAUAACAAUUAAAAUAAUCUAAUCUCUCAUAAAGUGAUUAAAUUAAAGAAUCUCAUGUGGGAUCCCAAUUAUAGGAUCUAGUAAUGAGAAGAGUCAUUACUAUUAUUAUUGCAAUUUUAAUAAGUAUACCAAUUCUUACUUUGGAUACUUAUUCAGAAAUUAUUAAUAGCUAUGACUCUGGAAUUUUUAGAAUUAGUUAAUUUAGAAAGAAUUUGUCAAUAACAGAUAUGUUAAUCUAGCAAUAUGUCUAAUUUCAUAAUCAUGAAAUAUACCCUAUUCAAUCAGUCUUAGUACUUCAAGAUGAUUUAAAUAAGAUAUAUACUGAAUAUAAUUAUACUACAAACCCUGAUUGGUUUUAACAUACAGAAUUGUUCAAAAGCCAAUAUCGAUUUUCAGAUCAAUAAUACUUUGUAACAACUGAUACUGAUAAUUAAUUGAUCACGUAUUCUGUUUCAGAUUUGGUCGAAUAUAAUAAAAUUAAUGCUAUAUUAUCUAUUUUUUAAACAGUGUUUGUUUGUAUAGUAUUGGCAUUAAGUGCUGUUUUGUUUAAUAAGGAUGUUACAGAAUUAAUAAUUGAACCUAUAGAAACUAUGAUUUAAAAGAUAGAAUUAAUAGCUAAUAAUCCAUUGGAGGCUGUAAAUAUUGAAGAACAGGAAGAUCUCAUUACAUAAGAAUUAGAAAAAAAUAAAGAUUUUUAAAAAAUUAAACAAAGGCAAAUUGAAUAGACUACUGAAACCUAUUUGUUGCAAAAACUAAUAAUGAAAAUAGGAGCACUAUUGGCUGUUGGUUUUGGAGAAGCUGGAUCAGAAAUUAUAGCAGAAAAUAUCAAAAAGGGUGGAAGUGUUGAUCCUAUGAUACCUGGAAAAAGAGUGCUUGCCAUUUUUGGUUUUUGUGACAUUCGUAAUUUUACAGAUGCCACUGAAGUAUUAUAAGAAGAUGUUAUGGUUUUUGUUAAUGAAAUAGCAGAAAUUGUCCAUUUUACAGUUGAUAGUUAUGGUGGAUCAGUUAAUAAAAAUAUUGGAGAUGCUUUUCUCUUAGUAUGGAAGUAUCCUGAUAUGAAAUAUCAUGUAGAUCCAUAAACAAAUAAGUUAAUUUUACAUAAUGAUAAUAAUGUUAAACAAAUAGGAGAUAUGGCAGUUUUAUCAUUCUUAAAAAUCAUUAUUUCCGUAUCUCUUUCAAAAAAAUUGGAAAAAUAUAAAAGGCAUGAUGGACUCAAUGCCAGAAUUAAAGAUUAUUGUGUUCGAAUGGGAUUUGGUUUGCAUUUGGGGUGGGGUAUAGAAGGUGCAAUAGGAUCAUCUUUUAAAAUUGAUGCUUCAUAUUUAAGUCCAAAUGUAAAUAUGGCAUCUAGAUUAGAAGCUGCAACUAAAUAAUUUGGUACAAAUAUUCUAAUAAGUGGAAUUUUAAAGAGAAACUUGACACAAAGUUGUUAAAAUCAUAUAAGAUUAAUUGAUAUUGUAACAGUCAAGGGAAGUAUUGAGCCAGUAGAAUUAUACACUGUAGAUUUAUCAAUAAAAAAUUUAUUAAAUAAAUUUAAGGAGCCAAGGGAUAUUUUUGAUAUUAGUAGAAUGAAUCCAAGGGAAUAAAAAUAAUUUAGAGUUGUUAAUAGAUAUAAGAGAAAUCUUUUAAUUAAAAGUGUGGAAAAUGAUAAGAUUCAACUAGCAGCACUUUUUGAAAAAGAUGAGGAUCUAAUUAUAGCUCGAGAACCAUAUUCUUAAGUAUUAAAAUCAUUUUUAAUAGGAAUUCUAUGACACAUGGAUUUCAGGAUUUAAUUAUUAUAUCAGAGGAGAAUGGGAUGAAGCCUAAUAGAUAUUCAUGAAAACAUUAGUAAAAUUAACGAAAUAAUUAAGACUAUGAUACCUGAACAUAAAGAUGGUCCAUCUAAUACAUUAUUGGAAGUUAUACAUUCAGCAGGGGGUAGAGCCCCUAAUGAUUGGAAGGGAUUUAGAGAGCUGACAGAAAAGUGAC